AUGAUGUUGAGAGCAAGUUUAACUUAUGGUGGAGUUCUUUACACCACCACCAAAUCAGUGCGUGUGGAAAAUUCACGAGUGUCAGCUGUCGAUUACACCAAUUAUUGGACUGGAAAAUGGAAUGUACAAGCAGGAUGUAAUCCUUCCACUUGUUGUUGUAUGGAUGGACAAAUGGUGGCCACCAAUGAAGGUUAUAAUUUGAUUCAAAUCACUUCCAAUGUGAAAGGUGUUUGUUUAGGAGCCACCUCCAUCUCUUUUUAUAUUGGAAAUUUGAAUUCCUAUGACACUGUCAACACAAAAAUGGGAGCUGAUAACAUGAUUCUCAAAAAGAUUGGAAGUAAUACCGUUUCAAUGACAAAUACUGCCAAUAAUGCAUGUAAUGGAAGUGCAGUGUGUUCAGAAGCAUGUCCUCGUUAUAAAGACACUGCUUCUUCAAAAUCCACAGGAACUGCUUCUUCUCUAAAAGCAGAAAUUGUUUUGGUGUUAGUAUCUGUAUUGUUUGGAAUCUUCCUUUAA